AUGUCCGGCAAAUGUGUUCACAAGGGAUGUGGGAAGACUUUCUCCGAUCCCGAGGAAGACUGCGUGUACCAUCCGGGUCCUCCAGUGUUCCACGAAGGCCAGAAAGGCUGGAAAUGCUGCAAGCCCCGCGUCUUGACCUUCGAGGAAUUCCUUGCCAUCCCGCCGUGCACCACGGGUAAGCACUCGAUUAUCGAUGAUACACCUGCGCCUGAACCUCCCAAAGCUACUGAAGCUCCUCCUCCCCCAGCCCCCGUCGACCUUGCAAAGACCUUGUCUGAGCGACCCGCCAUCUCCCCCGCUAUCGCACCGCCUACACCCCCCGCCAACCCGCCACCAGCGGAACCGGAAUCUGAUGACCCUUCAUUGGAAAUUCCUGCUAAUGCGACAUGCCGUAGAAAGGGAUGUGGCGUUACGUAUACUGGAUCCGCGGCGCGGGAUGACGAGAAAUGUGUGCAUCACCCCGGACACCCAGUCUUCCAUGAGGGUAGCAAGGGCUGGUCCUGCUGUAAGCGCCGGGUGCUGGAGUUUGAUCAAUUCUUGAAGAUUACUGGCUGUACAGAGAAGAUAAGACACUUGUUUGUUGGCCAGGCCAAGCCUCCAGGUGAGGAGAAGGUGGAAUCUGUUCGAAACGAUUUUUACCAGACAACAUCCUCCGUGAAUGUCUCUCUUUACCUGAAGAAGAUUGAUAAGGAGCGUGCCCGAGUUGAUCUGGCUGCUACCUCUAUUACCUUCGAUCUCCCAACCACUGAUAACAAACGCUUCCAGGACACCUACACCCUGUUCGCCCCAAUUGACGCCGAGAAGUCUAGCUUCCGUGUAUUGGGGACGAAGUUGGAGCUCACACUUGUCAAGGCAGACGGCACCAGCUGGCCAGUACUGCGUAGUGAUGAUAAGUGGUCUGGACAGCGCAUUCAGAUUGGAAAUGCUGGGCGAGCAUAA